AUGGUAAAAGAGCAAUCAUCAAUUGAUUUAGGAUAUCCAAUCUUUGGAGCUAAAUUUAUAAAUAAUAAAACAGUAUUAGUAAUUGGAGGGGGUGGAGAAGGUUCAAAUGGUAUACCAAAUAAAAUUACAGCAUUAAAAUGUAGUUUUAAAACAAAUGAACAAAAUAGAAUUAUACAAAAAUUUAGAGAAAUUCAAUUACCUUCAAAUGAAGAUUCUCCACAAACUUUAGAUUUUGUUAAAACAUCAAAUUCAAUUGAUAAUAUUGGUAAUUCAUCAGAAUAUCAAAUCUUAGUUGGAUGUAAUCAAAGUUCACAAUUAAUUAAAUCAAUGAAUAUUAAUAAUAAUGUUCGUAAAUAUAAAUAUAAUGAUGAAGAACAUUUAAUAUUUGAAGAUGCUGCACAAUUUGAAGAAGAAUUAGAUGGAGAUUCUGAUGAAUAUCCUAAAAUUAUUAAAUUAGCAUCAAAUAAUUCAAUUGGUUGUAUAAUGACUUCAAAAUUACCUUCAACUUUAUAUUUUUUCAAUCCAAUUACAUUGGAAUUAAAAUUUAAAUAUAAAACCAAUAAUGAAAUUAAAGAUUUUGAAUUUAAUAAAGAUGGAUGUAAAUUAUAUUAUAUUACAUCAAGUUCAAUAGUCACUUAUUCAACUGAAACUAACUCAAUAAUAUCUGAGAAAAAACUAGCAGAUUACAAAUUAUCAAAAAUAAAAUUAAUCAAUGACUCAGAACUUUUAGUUUCAGCAACUUUUAAAAACAAAGGUGCAUAUUUAUUUAAAUACAAUUUAUCAAAUGGAAAAAUUACUAAAGAACAAUUAAUCUCCAGUAAAUUUAAUAACAUCGUGGCUUUAGAUUUAUCGAAUUCUCAAGGUUUAAUUGCUGUUGCAGGUAAUGAUUUAUCAUUAACUUUAUUACAAUUAACAAAUUUAAAAAUCAUCAAAACUUUUAAAAAAUUACAUCCUUUCGCUAUAACAUGUGUUAGUUUCUCACCAAAUGGUACUAAAUUAGCCACGGGGAGUGCAGCUAAUAUUUUAAAUGUUAUAAGAAUCCCACCAAAAUAUUUAUCUAAAAAAUCCUUUUCUGCAUUUGGAGUUAUAGGAACUUUAGUUCAAUAUUUAUUUACUAUUGUAUUAAUGAUAUUUAUUGCAUUUGGAUUACAAAAAUUCCAUGAAGCUGGGAAAUUUAACGAUCUAAUGAAUUAUACUGAAAAUUAUAGAGAGUAUGGUUUGGAAUAUGGGAAAAUCUUGUAUGAUUAUGCUGGAAAUUACGGUAAAGUAGCAUAUAAUUAUGCUGAAAAUUAUGGGAAAGUAGCAUAUGAUGUUGCUGAAGAGUAUGGUAAAAAAUAUGGAUCAAAAGCUUUGGAAGUGUAUAUUGAAAAAUUUGGUAAAGCUAAUCAUGAACAAGAUUUUAAAAAUACUUUAAAUGAUAUUGUACUGGAAGUUACUAAAAAUUUUGAUAAAUUAACAAAUGCUGAAUUUGAUAGUGCUACAUUAGAUCAAGUUAAAUUAACUACUUCAAUCUUAUCGACUGAUUCAUCCACCAACAUUUAUUCAUCAAUUGUUGAAUCUCCAAAAAGUAUUAUUAGUUCAAAAUUAUCAAGUUUAUCUAAAGAAUACAUAUCAUCAGCUACUGAACAAAUUUCAGCUGAUCCUACUACUUUUAAUGAAGUUGAACCAGAAUUAGAAAAACCAAUUGAGAUCUUAAAUAAUCUAACAGCAAAUGAAGAACAAUUAGAUAAAGAAAUCACAAAGGAAAGAGAAGAUAGAAUUAUAAACAAUAAAAACAAAGAGGAGGAAUUUAAAGCAGCCACAUCAGCGGAGGCUUCAUCAGAUCCAACUUUCUUCGAUGAAGUAGAACCAGAACUUGUCAAACCAAUAGAAAUCUUAAACAAUUCAACACUUGACUCAGAGCAAUUAGAUCAAGAAAUUACCAAAGAAAGAGAAGAUAGGAUCAACAAAAACAAGCAAGAGUCAGAAAAUUUAGCAAAAGAUAUUCCAAAUUACGAAGACGCUAAAAUUGAAAAGUAUGAAGAUGAUACAAAUACUGAAUUAAAACCAAAUGAACUAGAAGAAGAAACUAUUUUACCAACUGGUGAUGCAUCACCACAAGAUGAUGAUGACGAAGUUGUUGAAGAGAUCAUUGAAGUCGUUGAAGAAGAUGGUAAUGAUGAUGAACAACACCAAGAUGUUGAUGAUGCUUAUAGUUCAGAUGAAGUUGAAAUCAUUGAAGAAAUUGAAGAGAUUGAAGAAGUUGAAGAACCUCAAGAAGAAGACUUACCAGCUGUGGAAGAAACCACCACUGAUACUGAAAAUAUUGGAAUUACUUCAGACGCUGUUGAAGAAUCAGAACCUAAAGCUAGUGGUGAGGAAUUAAUUGAAGUAGAUACCGAGGCUGAACUUCCAUUAGAAGUUUCUACAGGUACUGAAGAACCAAGCCAAACUACUGCUUCAACAUCAGCAGCAACCGAAGAACCAAUACAAGUCGAUGUAGAAACAGAAGAAGUAAAAUAUACACCAGAAGAACCGACCCCAAUUGAAUCACAAAUAACGGUUGAAGUAUCAGGCACAGGUAGAGAUGAACCAACAUUAAAUGAAGAAGAAGUUGAAUUAGAAGUUGAAACUUUUGAAAGUCCAUUAGUUGAAAUAUCAACUCCUUCAACAGAAGCAAUGCCAGAAACUACAACUGAAUUAGAACCAGCUAAAGAUGAGCCAAGUAUUGUUGAGCCUACUUCAUCAUUAUCAGCAUCACUGAUUGAUGAGAAUAAAGAAGAAUCAAGUAAUUCAGUUAUUGAUGAAGUUAAAGAAGUCUCAACUAAUUCACCAAUUGUAGAACCGGAAACUACAACAACUUCAACUUCAACUGAAACCACUGAAAGUACAACAACUAUAACCACUACAACCCAAACAACAACAUCAAAUCAAAUCAAAACAAAAACCAAAAAGAUCACUCGUACCAUCAAAAAAACUUCAUUAUCUAAACCAACUAAAAAUCCAAUAGAAAAAGAUGAAUUAUAA